AUGUCUGGGGCCGAGCUCCCCUCCCCGCGUCCGUGCGACGGGCGGGAAGUUGGGGCGGGGACCGAGUCUCCGAGACGCGGGGAGCAGAAGCCCCGGGAUUGGUGCAUACUGCUGCACCUUGCCCGCAGCAUCCGGCGGAAGCAAGUCCUGGGCCCGCCCCCUUGGGCGGAGCGAGCCGGGCUUGCCCGCGCCUGUCGGAAGGCCCGGAAGUCGGUGUCCACUGGUGGCGUCCCUCCUGCUUCAUGCUUCGGCUCGGUGAGGGUUCCCCGGGUCCGCGCGCCCACCCUGCCCGCAGCUAGCCCCAGCAAAGACCGGGAACCCGGAGUUCGCCCCGCCGCGGUGACAGCUGCCCCACUGAGCGCCCUGGAGCUGCUGCUCAAAGACGUGCACCUGGGCCUGGCUCUGCCCGUCCAGGGUCCCGCCCGCCUGGCCCUCCUCUCCGGCCACUACCUUUACUAUCACUACGGCUGCGACGGCCUGGAUGACCGCGGCUGGGGAUGCGGCUACCGCACCCUGCAGACACUGUGCUCUUGGCCCGAGGGCCUCUCGGGCGUGCCUGGGCUGGCAGCCAUACAGGCUGCCCUGGAGGACAUGGGCGACAAGCCGCCCGGGUUCCGGGACUCUCGGGAUUGGAUCGGCUGUGUAGAGGCCAGCCUCUGCCUGGAACACUUCGGAGGACCUCAGGGACGCCUAUGCCACGUGCCCCGUGGAGCCGGACUUGUGGGAGAACUGGAGCGGCUCUAUUCCCACUUCCUGGAGGGCGGCGGCCCAGUAAUGGUGGGAGGGGACGCAGAUGCUCAGUCCAAAGCCUUGCUGGGAGUCUGCGAGGGGCCAGGUAGGGACACCUAUGUCCUGACACUGGACCCACACUACUGGGGCACUCCGAAGAGCCGUAGUCAACUGCAAGCUGCUGGGUGGGUGGGCUGGCGAACGGUAAGCAGCGUCUUUGAUUCCAAUUCCUUCUACAACCUCUGCUUGACCAGACGUACCUGAUCAACGCACUCAGCCUGCACUGUGGGACUGGCACCUAUUACUUCUCACAGGUGCCCAGCAGACAAGUCUUUUCCAGCACCAACAAUCUGGGACAGGGGCAAUGACACAGGCAGGUAGAUCUAAGUUCAAAGCCAGCCUGAAAUUCUAGGCUAGGCAGGGUUACAGAGAAAGACACUGUUCUCAAAAUAAUAAUAAACUGGUAUAAUUCAGCUUA